UGUUCAUUAUUUUUUACGAUUGGGGAAAAACGACAAAUCGCGACGUUUUAACUUUUCCAAGAUUUCGUAUUUUUUUCAUUUUAUUUAUAUUGUAAUACUUAUUUUGGGUUAGCAGGGAAGCUUUUUCCAGUAAUUAAAAAAAGGGUUAAAGUUUUAAAGGAUUGGGUGGUGGGGAUUUGCAGUGGGGCGAUUCGUCGUGGCGUUCGUUUACGUCCGAACCCGAACGUUCUCUUAUACGCCAUAUUGUUUAGGGUGCGCAGUGCCGGGUUUGUCCAUUUUGUUCUUGUUUCUGUGCGUCGUUUUCUCUUUAAUUUCAUUUACAGAUCAGUGUUUCUGUAGCCGAGGAUUGAAAAAUGACGACUAAAUACAAAUUGGGUGAUCUCGUAUGGGCGAAAAUGCGAGGCUUCCCUCCAUGGCCGGGAAUGAUUUCCGAGCCGCCUGAAGAUAUGACCAACAAGCCGAAAAAGCCCUCGAACUGGAUUUACUUUUUCGGGAGCAAAAAUUACAGCUGGAUCGACGUGAGUAAUCUAAACCCUUAUAAACCCCAGGCUUUGGACUUGAAAAAGUCGAGCAAAGCGUUCAAAGAGGCUUGCGAGGCCAUUGAGGAUGUUUACAAUAAGGGCGAAGCGUCCCCUUUUAACCCUCAAUGUGAGGACAACGCUUUCGAUAGGCUUUUUGGGGAGCCGUCUCCGGCCAAAACGCCGAAAGGGAACGAGCCCUCCACCUCGAAGGGCAAAGGGUCAGCGUCUGCCAAGAAAAAGUCGGCCGCCAAAGACGCCGAGAAAGCGAAGAGGAGAAACUCCGUCGGUUCCGAGGCGUCCGACACCAGCGAGCCUAGUAAGAAGAAGUCAAAAUCCGCGGCGACACCCCGCAAGAAAAAGGGUUCGGAGGAAGAGUCCGACUCCAGCUCGGACUUUGACGAGACUCAUUCGGUCAAAAAGAGUUCUAGGCCUAGCAAGGAUGGUCAUUCGGGUAAAAGGCCGUCGUUGACGAACCGCAGUGAUGCGAAACGUCCACGUACCCAGCAUUCAGAUGCCGACACGACGACACCGGCCGGAUGGAGCAUCGGAAGUGUCGAUUACAGCACACCUAUACCUAGGCGUGGGCUUGCUGCUGCAUCGCUUCUCGAUAGACCACCCAACAUCGCCAGACCCGAGACUACUCCUCUUGACAUUUCCAAGGUAUCCCAAACUCUCCUUGAUAAAAACAUUACCCCAUCACAGCUUAAAUUUGGCUUUCUCGGUCUGGGAAAUAUGGGAUCGGGCAUAGUCAAAAAUUUACUAAAUUCAGGGCACCGAGUGGUCAUUUGGAACAGGACGUCAGAGAAAACAAAAGAGUUUAUAAAAGCUGGUGCAGAAAUCGCCUGUACCCCUCAAGAUGUUGUGCAAUCUGCGGAUAUCACGUUUUCCUGCGUGACAGACACUCAAGCAGCCAAGGAUAUGAUGUUCGGAAAUUGUGGCGCCCUUGCUGAAGUAAAUUCAAGCAAAGCUUAUGUUGAAAUGACUACGAUAGACGCUGUUACGUCGAAAGAUCUCUCAGACGCCGUCACUUCAAGAGGAGGGAGAUAUCUAGAAGCUCAACUCCAAGGAAGCCGUGCCGAAGCGGAAGAAGGUACCCUUUUGAUUCUGUCAGCCGGGGACAAGACGCUUUACAACGAGUGCCACUCCUGCUUUGAAGCUUUUGGACGUUGUUCCUUCUAUUUUGGAGAAGUCGGAAGUGCUACAAAAAUGAAUCUUGUUAUACAGCUGAUGACCGGUGUGUUCUUGGCAGGAUGUGCAGAGUCUCUUGCCCUUGCGGACAAGCUUGGCCUACAGCUCUCAGACGUUAUUGAAGUUAUUGGUUUGACUAAGCUCGCCUGCCCUUAUGUCAUUGAAAAGGCCAAAAAUAUCAUCGGUUGUUCUUACGGAACAGAUCAAGCCCUACGUCUGAUGCAGAAAGACCUGAGUCUUGUUCUCAACACGAGCCAAACUGUAAACCAGCCAGUGCCUUUGGCAGCCAUGGCCAAUGAGCUUUAUAAGCAUGCCAAAAGAGUUGGAUAUGCGGACCAUGAUGUUGCAGCAAUUUUUGUCAGGACUCGAUUCUGAAGCCUUACUUCAUAAUGAAACAAUAAAACAAUGUAAAUUUGAAAAAUGUUUUAUAUAAAUAUGUAAAAAGAAUCCUAAGUAAUUCACAAGUUAAUUGAUAGUCAUAUUUUUUUUAUUAUUUUAGAAAAUGGACGGUUUUAUCUCUUCACCACAGUUUAUUUAUAAACAAUAUUGUAAAUGUUUUAAAUGAAUUCGCUUUUAAUUAAAACGAAUUUCAUUUGCCUUUUGUUCCCAUCCUAAAACACACCAUUAUGCAAACUUGAUUUACAAUAAAAUGAUAAAACCUG